AUGAGAACCGAUGGCAAAAACAGAAUGGGAUAUGAAGAACCAGACCUACCCACACCUUCCUCAGAAAUAUGGAUCGGUGAACUUACAGAUUAUAGAAGGGCUUUAAGACUAGAUCAUGAGGAGUACGCAAGUAUCAUCGUGUAUGAUUACGAUACCAGUAGCACAGCUAGGUACUUGUUUUAUGUGAUCUUUCAUGACAGACGUCCUUAUUGGCAAUUGCUCGUCAGAGAUGGUAUCCUCAGAUGUUAUGAUAUCAUCAACAGCGGUGGAGAUUUCAAAGAAAUCAAUUUCCCAGGUUUCGACGUUAGACGAGACCCGAAGUAUCUAUCCAGACUUCAUUGA